AUGACUGAUCAGAAGAAGUUCACCAUCGUGGUGAAGGUGGGGUCCUCGUCGAUCGUCGACGAGGUCACCCACGAGCCACGGAUUGCCAAUGUGUCGAUGAUUGUGGAGACGCUGGUUGCUCUUAGACGACAGGGCCAUCGUAUCGUGCUGGUUUCGUCCGGAGCCAUCGCUAUAGGGCUUCAUCGCAUGGGCGUCGACAAAAAGCCAAAGCGUCUGUCUGCCGUGCAAGCCCUUGCCGCAUUGGGACAGGGAAAGCUCCAGUCCUUGUGGGACAGCAUGUUUAGCUACCAGAAUCAGAAGACUGCGCAGAUCUUGCUCACCCGAAACGACAUUACGGAUUUUUCCCAGUUCAGAAACGCUGAGAACACCCUGAUCGAACUGCUGGACAUGGGCGUUGUCCCCAUUGUUAACGAGAAUGACACUGUUUCUACGCAGGAGAUCAAAUUCGGAGACAACGAUACGCUUUCUGCCAUCACUGCUGGAAUGUGCAACGCGGACUUCCUUUUCCUGCUCACCGACGUCGACUGUCUCUACACUGAAAAUCCGCGUCUGAACCCGAACGCAAAACCGGUCGUUUUGGUGAAGAACAUGAACAGUCUGGAGGUGAACACCAAGUCGUCGGGAUCGAGCAUCGGCACUGGGGGAAUGGAAACCAAGCUGAUUGCCGCGGACCUGGCCACUAACGCGGGCGUCACGACUGUGAUUUGCAAUUCGCAGCGGCCGCAUGACAUGAUACGGAUUGCCAACUAUAUCUGUGAGAUGGACGCUCAGCUCAGAGAGUCUGCGGAGAUCAUUUCUGCAGAGUCGCACGAGCAGUUCCAGAUCACGAAUGAACGCGAGUUCUCUCAAUUGCAACACCACAAAAUCCCGCUGCACACGCGGUUCAUUGGCCAGCCAAGGAACGCCGUCAGAAACAAGGAGUUCUGGCUGCUGCACGGUCUCAAGCCUGCCGGGGCUCUGAUCAUCGAUCCUGGCUGCUACGAGGCCAUUACGCGUCGGAACCGGGCCGGGCUGCUGCCUGUGGGGGUCAUUGGUGUUGAAGGUGAGUUUGGGCAGCUUGAGUGUGUGGAUAUCAGGGUUGGAAUCAGAGACAGCGCGACCGGCAAGUGGGACAGGUCCAAAAACACCGUUAGCGUGGGACGCGGACGUUGCAACUACUCGUCGUACGAAAUUGACAAAAUCAAAGGCCUGCAUACGCACGAGAUCCCGUCGGCCAUUGAGUACUUUGACUCUGAGUACGUUGUCCACCGCCACAACCUGGCCUUCCCGCUCCACAAGAACUCGGAACUUGAGCUGCUUAUGCGGCAGUCGAGCAUUUAG